AUAAAAAUUUUACAUUGUCCAAUUUGAAAAAUUCUUAAAACUAAUGUGUUGAAGUGCACAUGCGUCUGUACUGAUUGCCAGGGAAGAGUGCUACGCUCAUUGUUGACAAACAAAGAACAGCUGAGCUAGUGUGACAUUUCUAAUUUGUAAAAUCAUCAUUACAAAAUUUUCAGUGUGUGUGUACCGUCAUUUGUCGAGGUCAGUUGCAUCAAACGGCUAGGUCUAAAUUUAACUAAAAUCGAAAAAAUGAAUGACAAAGGGGAAAACAAGGAAACUCAUCCUCACGGUACUGGUACAUUUGCCAGGGUGAGAACCCAAAGUGAAAGUUCCUUCAACAGUGACGAUGGUUCUGCUGGAUUGCCAGGAAAAAUACAACGUACAAAUUCAGCACAAUAUAUGGUCGGCAGCAGCUUUACAUCAGCGUCUCCACCGAAAUUCGUAUCUUUAGAAGAGAUAAUGCAGGCAGCAAAUAGCAUGCGGGACAUGGCACUGGUGCAUCAAAUAGUGGUUGAUGAAGAUUUCCAUCUCAAGAAGCCCGAAGUCGAACCCAAUAGUGUGCAAAAGGUCAUCAAAGAUACAAUGCAUCGAGCUUUCUGGGAUGUCCUUAGACAGCAGUUAUCAGAAGAAACGCCGAAUUAUACGCAAGCUUUGGUUUUAUUGGAAGAUAUAAAGGAGGGCUUGUACUCGGUUCUACUCCCGCAACACACAAAAACUCGUCAACAGAUAUCCGAAGUACUAGAUUCCGCCCUAAUAAAACAACAAGCUGAACAGGGCACCAUUGAUUUCAGAGGUUAUGCUCAAUUCGUCAUCGGGAUCAUGGGAAAACUGUGCGCCCCGAUCAGAGAUGAAAGAAUAAAAGAACUGACUGAAACUACAGAUGUUAUUGAUACUUUUAGAGGUAUUUUGGAGACUUUGGACCUUAUGGUACUUGACAUGGCCAACUUCACACUUCGACUUGCUAGGCCAGAUAUUAUUGCAUGCAGUGUGGAACUGGAGAGAAAGAAGUUUGCUGACUUUCUGGCCAUUCAAUCUGAUGGAUUGGAACAGACUAGGAAGUGGCUGCUGAAAUAUGUGGAUUUAAAUCAACAGGUCCCGGCGUCUCCUGAGUACGAUUUAUUUGUUAAGAAUACUUACAAAAGAGCUUUUUGUCAAGCUUGUUGGGAUCUAAUCGACUGGAACGCUUCUAAACCCUUCCCUGAGACGUUCAUGUUAGAUGAAGAGCGGUUAAGAGAUUUACAAUUAAAGACAGAAAGGUUGAUUAUCACUGCUACGGCUUUAUUGGUUACUCUUAGCAAUACUAGUGUUGAUUUACAUACCAUAGAGAAAUUUAAGACAGUUUUAAAGGAUCACAUCAUGAUAUUAUUACAAUCUUAUAAGACUGAGAAGGAUCUUGACGAAAUAUUAAAAAACGUGUCAGAACAAGUUAUAACAGAUGCGAAAGAAACUAUCAUCAAGCAUCACCUCCCUGAAAUGAACCCAGCAGCUGUAAACACUAUUAGACAACAAAUAAUGGAUAUAGCAAAUCCUGAACACAAAGUCAGAGCUAUCGUCAAACAAAGGGUACGAGAGUUUUACCACAACAUCAUUGAAUCCUCAACAGCUAAUCCCCAGAAAGUGCCUUCUGGUCUAACAGCACUUCAGGAACCUCUUGUGGCAGUCGCCGGUCAACUUUUAAGAAUAGUAUCGCACAAUGAGACUGUUUUCUGCAUUUACUAUCACAAGAUCGUAGCCGAAGCGCUGCCCAAGGCCUCAUAAGCGUGUGGAUUAUAUUUUAAGCUAACCAAUUCUAUAUGAUAAAUUAUAUUAUGUUUAUAAUAUUAUUAUAUUAUUAAUAUUCUGAUUAAAACAAUUAGUUUUGGUUUAAUUCGAAUGUUAAUAUAUAUUAAUACUGAUAAUAUGAAACUAAAACUUAAAUCUAAUUUUAUUAAAUUAGCUCAUGUAAUUGUAGAUUCUGGUAAUUUAAUGUUUGUAACAAAACUAACUUACCUGUAUAGGAAGCAAACUUGUAAUUUGUAACUAUUGUAAUUUUAGUGUGACCUGAAUAUGAUUUAAAAGUAAUUUUGUGAUAUCAAUAAAGUGUUAGCUUAUUUAAAAUAAGUAAGGCCUUGGAAAUUUUAUACUAAAUAUAUUCACAUAUUAAUUAUUGAAGUAUGUUAAACAUUAAUACUUAAACCGUGAUAAAUAUAUAGAAUAUAAUAUAUGUAUUAAUAUUUACUCAUUAAUUAUUCAAUAUAUAUUGAAUAUCAAUACAA